UUACUUUUAAGUUUUUUAAUCCUCUCCCGCUUGGUUUGCGUGAUCAGCGAUUACUGAUUUCGUUAUUGGCUAUUGCCCACUAUCGUUGAUUCGCUUACCAACGACGACAAAGACGACCGAUUUAUAAAACCUAUUGUCUACUCUUGACAAUAAUAACUAUUAAAUAAUAACAAACAAACGAUAAAAAACAGUUGACCCGCACCACCGCGCGGUACUGAAUGUACUGGCUACUGCUUCCUCUCUACAGUCAGCGCUCUGUAGUUGUUUUCGAGUAUUGACGAGUAAGUACAUUUACAGAUCGUCCUGCGACGGGCGAGCUUUCCUGCGGAUUUCCACACACACACACACGCACCGUAAGCUCAAAUCAAUUCGUCUGUUGGACGAUCACUGUUUUAACGAGUGUAAUCCACAUCCACUGCUACAAUCAUGUACUCUUCGUAUCAACUGGUGUUGGCCAUUGGAAUGGUCAUCACAGGAUCCAUCAAUACGCUCAGCGUCAAAUGGGCUGAUAAUCUUAAAGCUAAAGGUUCAGAUGGCAAGGAGCAUACUUUUGACCAUCCAUUUUUUCAAUCAUUGACCAUGUUUUUUGGAGAAUUUUUGUGCUUGUUGUUCUUCAAAUUGGCUUAUAGAUACCACGUAAAAAGACAAUAUCCGAUUGAGGAUAGUCCAAUAGUUAAAGGCAAUCAACAAUUCAAUCCAUUUUUGUUCUUUAUCCCGGCAAUGUUUGAUUUGGUGGCCACUUCACUUAUGUACAUUGGUCUCACAAUGACUUUUGCCUCUAGUUUUCAAAUGUUAAGAGGUGCUGUAAUAAUCUUUACUGCUAUAUUUUCAAAAAUGUUUGUCCAUCGACAAGUAUCUGUUCGCCAUUGGUUGGGCAUAUUUACAAUAAUUAUUGGAUUGGCCACAGUUGGUAUAUCAGAUUUGUUGUCAACUGAUUCGAACUCAAAAUCUACUAAUGACAUCAUUCUUGGUGACUCAUUGAUCUUAUUUGCUCAGAUUAUAACAGCUGCUCAAAUGGUGUAUGAAGAAAAAUAUGUUGUUUCAAAUGAUAUUCCACCAUUACAAGCUGUUGGUUGGGAAGGUUUAUUUGGAUUCCUGAUGAUGAGUUUGCUCUUAGUACCAUUUUAUUAUAUCAAUGUCGGUUCUCCACUUGCUGGUAAUAACUCUCGUGGGGUCAUUGAAGAUUUUCCAGAUGCUAUUACUCAAAUAAUGAACAAUAAAUGGAUUCUAGUUGCAUUAGUCGGAAACAUAAUAAGCAUUGCUUAUUUCAACUUUUCUGGUAUAAGUGUUGCUAAGGAAAUAUCUGCAACUACUAGAAUGGUAUUGGAUUCCGUUCGAACAUUCUUCAUUUGGACUUUUUCAUUGGCAGUUGGCUGGCAAACAUUCAAUCCACUUCAGCCUGUUGGAUUCCUUCUGUUGCUUAUUGGCAUGUGCAUUUACAAUAACUUAUUAAAAGCUGUGCCCAGAAGAUUGAGAACUGUCGUACACUAUCCUACAGAUGAACCUAUUAUUGGAGGAGAACCGUAAGAAAAUGUGUACAUCUGUGAAUGUUCAAACAUGACUACUUUCAACAAGUUAUAUCAAAAUAAGGAGCUAAUAGAUGAACUGAAUAUUAAUGCACUUUUAGUUUGUUUUAAUAUUAUAAUAAUAUAAUAUAAAUAAUUUAAUUUAAUUAUUCAUACAAUACUCGUUACUUUGAAUAGAUUAUUACUAAACCGAAAUAUGAUAAAUAUUUGUCAGUGUAUUUUAUAUUCAAUGUUUUUUUUUUUCUAAUAAAUAUUGUUUAAACUAGAACUAAAAAAUUUAGGUGAAUUAGAACUGCUUUAGUUAAUACCAAUGUAGAUUUGAACCAUUAUAAUUUGUGAUUUAGCAUAACUGACAUAUGCUAAUAUAUUUAAUCACGG